CACAUCGGAACCUCCCGCGCUGUCCAACCAUGGUCAACCCUACCGUGUUCUUUGACAUUGCUGUCAAUGGCGAGCCCUUGGGCCGCGUCUCCUUCGAGCUGUUUGCAGACAAAGUUCCAAAGACAGCAGAAAACUUCCGUGCUCUGAGCACUGGGGAGAAAGGCUUUGGUUAUAAAUGUUCCUGCUUUCACAGAAUAAUUCCGAGAUUUAUGUGCCAGGUUGGUGACUUCACAUGCCAUAAUGGCACUGGUGGCAAGUCCAUUUAUGGGGAGAAAUUUGAUGAUGAGAAUUUCCUCCUGAAGCAUACGGGUCCUGGCAUCUUGUGCAUGGCAAAUGCUGGCCCCAACACAAACGGUUCCCAGUUUUUCAUCUGCACUGCCAAGACUGAGUGGUUGGAUGGCAAGCAUGUGGUCUUUGGCAAGGUGAAAGAGGGCAUGAAUAUUGUGGAAGCCAUGGAGCGCUUUGGUUCCAGGAAUGGCAAGACUAGCAAGAAGAUCACCAUUGCUGACUGUGGACAAAUCUAGUAAUAAAUUUGACUUGUGUUUUAUCUUAACCACCAGACCAUUCCUUCUGUAGCUCAGGAGAGCACCCCUUCAUCCCCAUCUGCUCAAAAUAUACUGUAAUCUUUGUGCUCUCAUUGCACUUCUUUGGGUUCCAUAUUUUCCUUAUUCCCCUCCAAGUUUAGCUGAAUUGCAAAGUUAAG